GUCACAAAUUCCGAGAAAAUUAUGGGCGGCAUCAAUUUCAAUCCAAACACUAAUAAAUUGGCAUCUUUCAACGUUAGAGCAGCGCGGCGUUAGUGUAUUAAUAGCUGUUAUAUUUUGUAAAACUCUAUUCAACCCUCGACUGAACAGUGUCGUGUAAGCCGCGGCGCGCGCCGCUUGAAAAAAAAAAGAAAAAAAGCGCGCGCUCUCAACUGUCAAACGUUCGAAAUUCUAACCUCAAAAUGAGUUAUUUGUAUGACGAGUUUAACAACAAUUUCCAGGAUUUUCGUUAUUACAAAGACAGUAAAAUUGAUAAAGAGUGUUGUGUGAAAGACGAGAGUAAAGAGGAAGGUCAUGUUCAGCAUGUGUUGGGCCCCAGUCGGAGGUGCUUGGCGUGGGCUUGCAAGGCGUGUAAGAGGAAAACGGCGGCCGUGGACCGACGGAAAGCGGCGACGCUUAGAGAGAGGCGGAGGCUUAGGAAAGUGAACGCUGCCUUUGAAGAGCUCAGAAUCCGUGCCAGGGCCGGCAGCGGGAGAUUACCGAAACUGGAAAUACUGAGAGCCGCCAUACAACACAUAGAGAGGUUGCAAGCCGCACUAAGGGCUGCUGCCGCGCUGGAAACAGAAGGCUGCAAGAGCUACAUGGAGCCGGUUGGGGACCGGAGUCCGGCCAGGGAGGCCAACGUGGACAGAGAAAAACCUUUUGUGAACAACGACGGAGGUUGUGGAGUGAACAGUCUAGCGAGAUUGCGGUGUAUCGUGCAAGCAUUAACUACGAGGGAUUCUUGACCGGACAUUAUA